UAGAAAUUGACAUGUCAUUCAGUCACCGUUGACUAAACUAGAAACAUGUCAUUUCGAUUAUUGCUGUGUACGUUGCCAUUGGUUCUGCUGACCACGAGAUAUGUGUUAUCAGAAGCAGCUCCAUAUCAGUAUCCACCUCCGGGACCUGUAAAUUAUCCAGUAGGUGGUACAUACAGUUCGCCACUACCAUAUGUCGAUGACAGGACAUUUUUCUUCAAUAAGUUGGGUCUUUUUGGUGGAGGUGGUGGUGGAGGUGGUUUUGGUACUGGCACUGGUGGUUAUGGUUCUUACAACAAAUACAAUUAUGGAAAUUAUGGUGGUGCUGGUGGUAAUGGCUAUUACGACAAAUACAAUUAUGGAAAUUCGCAGCCAGGUCAACCCACUCCCCAAACUCCACCAGCAACUGCUCCAACUACAGCACCCACUACAACAGCAGCACCCGCCACGACAACUAAAUCAUCUGCGCAAAAAGAACAAGAGUUACAGGAGAUAAUAAAAAUAAUUGUUGAUCUGAUUAAUGCAAACAAAGAUGGAACUACUACCCGCUAUGGUGUUCCUGCUGCGCCACCAGUUCCUGUUCGCUAUUCUCCACAACUUUAUUAUCCUGGAUUUUAAAAUAAAGAAACCUUUAAAUUAUUAAAACAUUCAAUGUCGGUUUUAUUUAUGUUCUUUGAAUCUAGGAAUGAUAGGCAGAGUACGAAAAUAAACUAUAUGAAACGUU